AUGAUGUACUGGAUCAUCCUGGCAGUCAUUGCCAUCGUCCUCUUUGGCCCCGCCCUCCUUGCCGACCGUUCUCCCAUCCCAGAGACGUCGGGCGACGUCUACAAGAUCACCACCGCCGCGGAGCUCGACACCGUCCUGAGCUCAAACAGCCACGUCGUCGUCGACUUCUACGCCGACUGGUGCCCGCCCUGCCGCGCCAUCGCCCCCGUCUUCUCCAAGCUCGCCGACGAGCACUCGGCCAAGGGCAAGCUCGCCUUCGCAAAGGUCAAUGUCGACCACGUCAACGCCGUCGCGGGAAAGUAUGGCGUCUCCGCCAUGCCCACUUUCGUCUUCUUCGCCAACGGCAAGCCCCAGGCCGUCGACGCGCCCCAGGUCAAGCAGGGCGGCCAGUCCGUGGUCGCCGAUGCGGCUGGGCAUGUCGAGAAGAUCCGUGGUGCGGACCCCGUGGCGCUCACGGCGGUCGUGUCAGCCCUCAGUGCCAAGGCCAAGCAGUAG